GUUGCAGGAUUGAUGAAGCGUUGGGGUAGUGUGACUUACUCAAGUUCCUGAUUACGCAGGGAUCAAAAGAGUGGCUGUAGUUUGCACCUUUGGCACGCAGGACUUAGCAUCUAGAGACACUGGCUCUUAAGAGAUUUGACGACAGUAUCUGGUCUGAGUGAAAGUGUCUCGGGCCAGAUUCUCAGGUUUUCAUACAGAAUAGUGGGUGUCGCGAUUUGGUUAAGGGCCCAGGAACUAGUCUCAGAGUUCAGAUCCCGCCGAUGGUUCCCCCACGCCGGGGUUGCUGAGGACGCCAAGGUCUCUCCCCCAGGGCCAUGGCCGACUCGACGUUGCUGGUGCCGGAGCUAAACGAAGCAGAGACGAUGGGCACGGAGACGACGCCUUUCGAGGAGCUGCUGCUGCAGGCCUCCAAGGAGCUCCAGCAAGCCCAAACAAGCCGACCAGAAUCUACACAGAUACAACCUCAACCUGGUUUCUGCAUAAAGACCAACUCAUCUGAAGGCAAGGUUUUCAUCAACAUCUGUCACUCUCCCUCCAUCCCUCCUCCGGCUGACUUGACUGAGGACGAGCUGCUUCAAAUGCUGGAGGAGGACCAAGCCGGGUUCCGCAUCCCCAUGAGUCUGGGAGAGCCGCAUGCCGAACUGGAUGCAAAAGGCCAGGGUUGUACCGCCUACGACGUAGCUGUCAACAGCGACUUCUACCGGAGGAUGCAGAACAGCGAUUUCUUGAGAGAGCUGGUGAUCACCAUCGCCAGGGAGGGCCUUGAGGACAAAUACAGCCUGCGACUGAAUCCAGAGUGGCGCGUUUUGAAGAACAGACCUUUCCUGGGUGCCAUCUCCCAGCAAAACAUCCGCUCCCAGCAGCGUCCUCGGAUCCAGGAGCUGGGGAACCUGUACACACCCGACUCCCCUACACCUGAGGACCGCCCCGAGAAGCCUCAUCUGAACCUUUGGCUGGAGGCCCCUGACCUCCUCUUAGCGGAAAUCGACCUCCCCAGACUGGAUGGAGCUCUUGGGCUGUCGCUGGAGAUUGGGGAGAAUCGCCUGGUGAUGACGGGCCCCCAGCAGCUGUACCAUCUGGAUGCCUACAUCCCCCUGCGGAUCAACGGUGAUGAGAGCAAGGCAGCCUUCCAUCGGAAGAGAAAGCAAUUGAUGGUGGCGAUGCCUCUUCUGUAGCCCCUUCUUGACCGGGUGUCUCCCUGUGCUUCUGUGUGAAGAGGGGAGGCUGGUGGCUUCCCUAAACCUGAAAUAAAAGAUUUUUUGCCUU